AUGACUGCUGUGCUCUCCUACGACAUCGGGAACAGCUUGCCCCACCCCGGCUUCAAAUUCAACACCAGUGCUGCACCACCUUACAGUAAAUUUAAGACGCCCAGCUGGGUGCGUCAUGCACCAGUGACGCCUAGUGAAGCCAAUGAGAUCAAUGGGCUCGGAGAACCGUGGGACUGGCGUAGGCCGUCAUUCAGAGGUAUUGACUUGACCAAGCCCGACCCGCGAGUCAAGCCUAACCUGUACGAGAUCUUCUGCUCCGACCCAGUCGCUCGCAUUGUCUUCAAGGACGUUAAUAUCAUCGACUCAACCGGUAAGGCGCCUUACCAGGGUGCUGUCUUGAUCAAGGGAAAUCGCAUUGUUUCCGUCCGUGGGAGCGUUUCUGAAGCCGAUUGCCGUGGUGCCCGUGUCUUCGAGGGAAGAGGCCGGACGCUUAUGAGCGGGCUAGUGGAUGCGCACACUCACUUGACAUGGAACAAUGCUGGCACGCUCGAAGCCCUUGCAGCCAUGGGUGUAGAAGAACAUACCAUUUUUACCGCACGUUCUGCUCGCACCUAUCUCGACUGCGGUUACACUAUGACCGUCGGCGCGGCUGCAGCUAAACAGCGUCUGGACAUUGCCAUUCGUGACAUCGUUAACAAGGGCGAUCUCCCUGGUCCCCGCAUUCUCGCUAACGGCCAGGAAAUUUCUCCGCUUGAAGGCGCACUUAUUCCUUGCAUUACUGCGAUCGCGAAUACUCCCGAGGAAAUUAGAGAGGUCGUAGCAGGUCAUGCUCGUGAUGGUUGUGAUCUCAUCAAACUCAACAUGUCUGGCGAUGAGAUUACCGAAACACUUCGCUCUGAGGAUACCACCUUUACGGAUGACUUGGUUGCGGCAGCCGUCGAGGCUGCUCACAGCCAUGGCAUGCGUGUGUGUAGCCAUGCCCGAUCUGAUGAAUCUAUUCUCCAAUGCUUGCAAUACGGUGUCGAUAUCAUCUACCAUGCCUCUUUUAUCUCGGACGUGACCAUGGAUGCACUCGAGGCCCAGAAGAGUCGUGUAUUUGUCGCACCAGCACUUAACUUCCCAUACGCCACCCUUUACGAUGGGGAGGAAUACGGUUACGACCUUUCUCGUGCGGAAUCAAUCGGAUACGUGCGUGAGCUCGAAGUAGCGAUUGAGGCAUGCAAAGAGAUGCGCAAGCGCGGCAUCAGAAUACUGCCCGGCGGUGAUUAUGGUUUUGCCUGGUCGCCCCACGGUACCUACCGGGAUUUGGAGCACUUCGUGAAGCUCCUCGGGUUUACUCCGGAAGAGGCAAUUAUGUCCGCUACUGCUCUCGGUGGUGAGAUCAUGAUGCGGAAUGACCUCGGUAAAGUUCAGCCGGGCUACCUCGCAGAUGUCAUUCUCGUGAAUGGGAAUCCCCUGGAGGACAUUACUCUUUUGUCUCACCAGGAGAAUAUCGAUGUCGUGGUCGUGAACGGACGCAUCCACAAAUCUUCUAGAAAGGAUCAAGAGCCAUGGUUUGAGCCGACACCCAGCUUGCUGAGCGACGUUGAACGUUCGAAGGGUGAUCAUGUCAGCGGCAAGCUUGCGAAGGAUCUCGCUGGGAUGACACUGUAA